AUGGAUACAGGGGCAGCGUACGGAACUGAGCCGCCCCUGGGAAGUACAUUCUCUUCGGUUCCCAAUUUAGAUACAAAAAUUAGCGCAAAUACCGAUAUAUAUGAAAACGGUGACGAUGGUAGUGCCAGUAAUAUGGACCCUGCGGCAGCUCAGAGAGGGGCAAGCGAUCCCAGUACAUACCCCUCAUCGGAUUACCGGGGUUUGGUCCGGCAGCGCUUCAUUCGCAGGAGUUUGUGGUUUUCUGAGUCUGAGGAUCAAGGAUUUGAGGCUCCCGAGUGCGACAGCUGCAGUAUUGUCCUCAGCACUCAUUUGCGCACGAUUGUUGAUAGGACUCGAGCUGUACGCGUAGGCUUUCGGGAAAGCUCUAGCACAGAAAGUCAGGUUGGCCAGCAGGACAGUGCUACGGAAAGCUUCAACGCUGAGGAUGAGAGGAGAAAGGGCGAAGCUGAUGAGAAACAACAUGCAAAAGUCUCCAGCGACUCUAAGAGCGCAGCCAAAGCUGGAAGCGAUGAGAACGAAGAAGAGGCCGAGAUGAAAGCAGUGUCCACCUCACCUGGUGGUCGCUUUCUGAAGUUCGAUAUAGAGCUUGGCAGGGGUUCGUUCAAGACCGUUUACAAGGGCCUGGACACAGACACAUGGGUCGAAGUAGCCUGGUGUGAAUUACAGGAUCGGAAGCUGUCGAAAGCAGAGAGGCAGAGGUUUAAAGAGGAAGCUGAGAUGCUGAAGGGUCUUCAGCAUCCAAACAUCGUGCGUUUCUAUGACUUCUGGGAAUCAUCAGUCAAAGGGAAAAAGUGCAUAGUCUUAGUGACAGAGCUCAUGACGUCUGGCACACUGAAAACGUAUCUAAAGAGAUUCAAGGUAAUGAAGCCCAAAGUUUUGAGGAGUUGGUGCAGGCAAAUCCUUAAGGGUCUUCACUUUCUCCACACGAGAACCCCCCCCAUAAUCCACCGAGAUCUCAAGUGUGAUAAUAUCUUCAUCACUGGGCCCACUGGGUCUGUUAAGAUCGGAGAUUUGGGCCUUGCAACUCUGAAGAGAGCUUCUUUUGCCAAAAGUGUCAUAGGCACCCCAGAGUUCAUGGCUCCAGAGAUGUAUGAGGAGCACUAUGAUGAAGCUGUGGAUGUUUAUGCCUUUGGGAUGUGUAUGCUGGAGAUGGCCACUUCUGAGUAUCCGUAUUCAGAGUGCCAGAAUGCAGCACAGAUCUACCGCAAAGUCACCAGUGGAGUGAAACCAGCCAGCUUUAGUAAAGUCAGUGUUCCAGAGAUCAAGGAGAUCAUUGGGGAGUGCAUCCGCCAUCGUUGGGAGGAGAGGUACUCAAUAAAGGACCUCCUUAACCAUGCCUUUUUUGCGGAGGACACUGGUGUGAGAGUGGAGCUGGCUGAAGAGGAUGAUGGGAAGAAAUCUUCGAUCGCUCUAAGGCUGUGGGUUGAGGAUCCUAAGAAACUGAAGGGGAAGUACAAGGACAGUGGGGCCAUUGAAUUUACCUUUGACCUUGAAAAAGAAAUCCCAGAAGGUGUUGCCCAGGAAAUGGUGGAAUCUGGUUUCUUUCUUGAGAGCGAUGUUAAGAUCGUGGGCAAGUCAAUCCGUGACCGCGUGGCGUUGAUAAAGUGGAGGAGGGAGAGGACAUUCUCUGGAAAGAAUGGGAAGAGAGAAGAAAAGGUCUCUGAGACCCAGAAUCAAAGCCUACUCCAGAUUCCCUCCACUGGGCUCCCGCACGGUGGAACACCCAGCAUGCAAUCUGAGACUGAGGAACCAGACAUCGAGCAACUUAACCUCCUCUGCAACCCACCCACCAGUGCUACCGCCACCACAUCUGACGGCGGUGUUGGAGCCACAAUGAUCUCAGAUGCUCUGAGCAACCAGCAGAGCAUCUCAUACCAGUCCUUACCAGAACCAAUUUCCACUACCCAGAGGACAUUCAGCCCCCCUGCACAGCCUCUGACCGAGCUGCAGCAGACUGCUGCCCAGCUGCAUCAGGGAGCCCAACCUCAGCUUUCAGCUCAGCUCCAACAAGGCGCGUACCAGCAACCAACCACACAGCUGCACCAGGGACCUUACCAGCAACCAUCUGCGCAAUUGCAUCAGGGGCCCUACCAGCAGUCUCCACCAAUUCAAGGAGAGACCAGCAUGAGGCGUGGCAGUGCCUCUUUCAUUGACAUACUCCAGAAAAGAGCACAGCUCCAUGCUCAUUUAAAACCACUGAUAUGCCAUGGUUGUAGCUGUCCUAAACACAGUCAGGGUCAGCAAAGACACUCGGCAGGAGAGCAGAAUGUUGAAGUAGCAGCAGGAAAAGACAGUGAUGCCCCCAUUUGUACAUCCAGGAACAUUGGAGACCAUGCAGAUCUCUCUCAGCUUCACCACCGCCUGUACCAGAUUAUCAAUCGUCGGAGUAGCACCCCUGUACUGAAUGAUAAAGGGCUCUACCUGCCUGGUGGUAGCAACGGGUACACAACAGUUUAUAGCCUCCCUGUGCCUCAGCAUAAUUGCUGGGGAGGGAAGUCUCCCCCGACGGCCCCACUGUCUCCAGACACUAACGCACCUACAUAUUCACAGAACACUGAGAAUGGACCAGGUCCUGCGCCCAGUGCAGGUUUGGUCCAGCCUCAGACGCUCUCUGCUCCAGUUACUCCAGCUCCGACAGGACCACACAGUGGCCUGGAUCAACAGAGCUUAUCUACCAUAGCUUUCACUGCACAACAUAGUCAGCCACCUGUUUCUUUGGCACAGGAGUUGCAUCCCCGCCUCCAUCCAGCAUCUUUCCAACCCCAGAUGUUAUCUACUGUCAAACCUCUCAUACAACCAUGCAUUGAUGGGAAGUCCCACCCUCAGCAUCUGCACCAAUCGGCAUCCAGUCUACUCAGCAGUGCAUCUCCCUCUCAGCCACAGCAGACUGUGCAGGCCCCACCUCUUCUCCAGCCACUGCAGAUAUCCACACAGUUUUCCUCUCCUUACUCUGUUAUACCAGCAGUGGGCACUCCUGCUGGAAGUGAGCCUGUGCCAUUCUCCCCUGUCCCUCAUUCUUCCACCUACCCCAGUAGUAUCCCCCCUGUGCCCUCAUCUUACUACUCACCCAGUCCUGUUCAUGGCCCCCUGCCCCUGGCACCCAUGUCCAGUGUGCCUUCCCUAUCAGCAACGGGCACCCCGCCCACAGGCACUCCUUUAUCACUUCCUCUGAGCGUAGCUGCCCCUGUCCCCCUCUUGGCUAUGGCCCUGUCUCCCAUGAUCCCCUCUCAGCAACAACAGCAAAUCUAUUCUCCUGCCCCUCAUCAAGAAGCUCCUCCCCUCCAAUCUUCCCAGACCCUUCCUUUUCCUUUGACUCAACCUAAUGUUUCCUCUGCCCCCCCUCCUCAGCAAGAGCCCUAUAUUCCUGAGCCUCCUGCCCAGGAUCGCCAUCCUCAAGAAAACACUCAGGGUCUGGCACCUGUCCACACAGUACCGUCUGCUAUCCAGUCGCCACCUUACAGGAGUGAACCAGACGCUGAGUUUACUGCAGCUGGGCCACAACAGCUCCUCCCUGAAAGCACUGCCUCAGCUCCGCAGCCUGCUGGCACCCACACAAUAGCUCCUGAGAGUGCCAGUCUGCCCACCACCAGUCAGCAAAUCCUGGACACUGCACCUGUGCCCGUCCCCGCUGCACUGGAAGAGCCUGUGGCUGAAAGGCAGAUGCCACUUUUAAGUGGCACAUUUGAUGGCUUUACUUCGGAUGCUGCAUCCAGUAAAGAGAUGAGUGAUAGUUAUGAUUGCGCAACUACUGGAGGAAAGACUGAUGGAAAACCCAGAAAACAUCAUCGUAAAUCGGCUCGCACCCGCUCACGCCAGGAGAAAACAAACAAACCCAAACUCAGCAUGCUCAAUGUUUGUGAUACGGGUGAUAAAAUGGUUGAAUGUCAGCUGGAGACUCACAAUCAUAAAAUGGUGACCUUUAAGUUCGAUCUAGACGGCGAUGCACCUGAGGAGAUAGCCACUUAUAUGGUGGACAAUGGCUUCAUUCUCCCAACAGAGAAAGAGAUCUUCAUAGACCAGUUGAAGGAUAUAGUGGAUAAGGCAGAGGACAUGCUGAGUGAGGAAAUGGAAGGUGAAAGGGCCUCUGCUCUGGGUGGCAGUCCCCAGCAAGGGCAUACUCUGGGAAAUUUAGGGGCAGAGGGAGGAAAAGGUCUGCAGCCUGGAACCCCUCAACCUGUUUAUCAACAGAAUGUCCUGCAUACUGGUAAGAGAUGGUUCAUCAUCUGCCCCGUGGAUGAGGCACCCAGGAGUGGUCAGGAUGCGUCAUAUGAGGGUACAGCUCUUUCACAGCUGUCAGUUACCGCUAUGGCUGAUGGGGCAUCAUCUACACAUUCUGCCGAGAGUACAUCCGGGCCCCCACUAGACAGCAAUGUUCCACCCUCUGCUGUCUCUAAAGAUUCAGAAACCUCCUCUGCAGGACCAACAUCUGGGGGCAGUGAUGGUCUCUCAGUGUGUAGCCCUCUCCCUCUGCCCUCUGUUGACUUCACACCCCUUGCCCCGCUCUCUCCUGCACCGGCACUGCCCGCCACACAACCCAUGGCUCUGCCAAUCCAGCAAGUCUCACAAUCAGAGGAGGAGCCCAGCGCUGCUGCCCAGCUCAGACUACAACAAGCUCAGCCCGCUGUGGGGUUACAUGGCUCCCUGUCUCUUGAGGAGGCCCAGAAUGCCAGGUUUAGCUCCAUGUCUCCCAUCAAUGCGGCCCAUCAGGUGGCUGAUAUUGCUUGCAUUGCUUCCAUCGUGGAGGACGUGCCCUGCUGCCCCCUGGUGAUGCCUUUGUCGCUCGACAUGAGCGGGGCUCAGAAGUCGUCCCCGAUCACGCCACCUUCAGCGAAGGAGCUCAGCUCUUCUCGAGAAACCCACCCUCUCCAGUCCUCCACCAUCGCACACGGUGACCGUACCCAGCAGCCUGUGGUGCUGCAGCAGCCCUUCCCUACUGUGGGCGGGGCCAAAACGGCCUCUCUGCCCCAGAGUCCUGCCCCCGCCCAACAUGUUCUGGCUGCAUGUGAUUCUGAUGGAGAAGGCCGGACAAGGGUGGGGUUUGUCGACAGCACAAUAAAGACGCUGGAUGAAAAACUGAGGAACCUGUUGUACCAGGAGUAUGCACCCAUGUACCCCUCUGGGAGUGCCGCUGAAACCCCAGGAUCAGGCACUGAGUACAUUCAGUCACCACCCGGACCAGAGAGUGCAGUGGGUGGAUCAGGGACAAGCACACCCAGCCUCAUGGGCGAGGGGCGUCUCCGGACGGGAGAGCAGCUGCCACAGAUUCCAGAGCGGAUGGACAGUUUAAGCGCACUUAGUGACUCUGCUGUCAGUGCUACUGUGCCCAAGAGACAUACAAUGCCCCACUCUUCUUCCUGCUCUGGAGCUAAAAGUCGAUUCAAGAUGAUGCCUGGCGUACCCGACGUUCUGUCUGGUCCAGGGCCGAAGCAGAGGAGCUGGAGCAGCACCGCCUCUCCAGCGCACCCCGGUGGCUUCUUCAGGGAGUGCACUUUUGAAGAGCCAUCGAUGCCUGUCACAACCAUCGGCAGGUUCUCCGUGGUGAGCACCGAGGAUGAGGUAACUCACAGGAAACGAGGCAGCAGGUACUCAGCCCCGCCGGAUUUUUACCUGGACGCCCCCCCGUCCCUGAACAAGAGGGGAUCUCUUCCCCGUGCCCACACCUCAGUUCCCAUGGACAUCACAGUACAUCCCCGCUUCAUGUCCUCUGACUCUGGAGCAGAAAGCAGCCCUGCUAGAAUGGUCCCCACCACCCCUUCCCACCAUGGCCGCCCAGAGAGAAGAGGAAGCGACCUCAUGAAAAGAGCGGUGGCUUUCCUGCGCCGUUCAGGCCGCAGCAGCAGCGUGCAGAGCUCUGAUUCACCAAGCCUGCACGGGGGCGUGUAUGGCUCUUAUUUCAGCAGUGACAAUGACUCAGAAAUGGAGGACUUUGAUAUGAAGAAGGAGCUUCAGAGACUAAGGGAAAAGCACAUGAGAGAAAUCUCUGAGCUGCAGGCUCAUCAGAGGAGUGAGAUCGAGUUGCUGUACCGCAGGCUGGGCAAACCACCACCUUCCGGCAUUUCCUUCACAUCCACAGUGCCACCUGCUGGCCGUAGACGCAAAGCCAGCAAGCAUAAACUGAAGGCUGGAAAACUCCUCAGUCCACUAGUACAGCAGCUUAAGAACGUAACCACUAAAACCAGUGACAGUGGCAGGACCACUGACUCCACCAAAUUCAGUGAGCCCACCGUGAGUCUCAACGGCUCUCCGGCGCGGGGCGUGUAUAUAUCGGACGGAAGAGCCCGUUCUGGGACGGGAACAAUCCCCAGCUCGACGUCGGAGCCAGUUCAGACCCAGCAGCCCUGCUCCCUCAAGGGCUCUCUGUCUUCUGACAACAUUUACGCAGGACUGCAGGGCGAGGCUCCGGUAGCUCCGGGCCAGCAAGAACAAGGCUGGUCAGCUUAUGCCCCAGCACCUGAGAAGACCACCUAUAAAUCCAGUAGCAAACCACGCCCUAGAUUCCUCAGUGGGCCUGUUUCUCUGUCCAUCUGGUCGACCUUGAAACGUCUUUGCCUUGGUAAAGAACGCAACCGUUCAGGAGCUCCCCAAGGUGCCUCUAAUCAGCCACAAAUGGCAGGAUCUACACCCCCUGCUCAUCAGCCAGUAGUUGGCCUUGCUCAAGCGCAGUCCAAUAACAGCAACAACAAGACUGGCACCUACACAGAUGAUCCCUACUGGAUGCAGGAUGACUGGACCCUCAAACCCCAGAGGCCCACUCGCCCGAACUCGCUCCCCUUAGGAGCUCCCGGUCCACCCAGAGGCAUUUUCAGAGUCACCAGAGGCGACGAAUGCUUCCCAUCUACACAUGUCAUGGCCCACGAUCAACACACACCCAUCAGUUAUGAGGCCUGA